AUGUCGACUACCGUUGUGCAUAGGGUCAUGGACCACGGAGAACAGCAGAAAGUCCACCCUUUCUUCGGGAGUUUCAGAAAAACAAGCAAGACACCAGAUCCAGCAUCUUUACAUUCAGUUAACGAGACAACGACAGAUCAUUCCGCAGCUCACAAGCAAACACCUAGUCCUAGGGCCCAACAACUAUACAAUGGACCAAAGCCAGAGGAUAAUACUCUUGAGGAAGAUCCUAACACCGAAAGGCGAAAACGGGUGAAGACAUCCACACCAGUGGCGGCGCUCGAAGUCGAUGAACCAACACGAACCCGAUCUGAAAACACUCCGGUGCCUAGAGAUCAACCGUCACUGCCUCCCAGGAAAUUGUUGAAACUCAAUGCUAAUGGAAAAUUAUUGAGCUCGCCGCCUGCUCAAAAAGUCGAGGCCGUUGCAAAUAGGAAAGCUGAGGAAAGACGAAAAUCGAGCCGCAAAAGAAAUGACACUAAGAGAAUUGUCAUCAAAUAUGAAAAGGGAUCGGAAAUUGGAAAGAGAAUUGGCGGCAUAAUCAAUGGCAGAGAACGAUAUACUGCUUCCCAAAAGCCGGCUGCAGAAGACAAUACGACGAUCAAGACUAGUACGAAGCCCCCAAAGGCCACCCAUCCUUUUUUCUUGUCCAAGAAACCUGCAACCAAAGCUUCAAUAGAGGCCUCGCUACCCACAGUAGCCUCGGAGAGUCAGCAGAACUCCGCAAAAAGUAUUGCCUCUAUUCAGUCUUCUACCAAAAAUACGUUCUCCCGAUCACUUUUCACCAAACAUCCUGAACCAGUCCCGCCUGUAUGGCCUCCUAGAGACCUUGUUCAUGUACGAGGGGUAGCACAUGAAGUUCGCGACAAGUUUGAAGAAACGAACUUCAGCCAAAAGAAAAACAAGCAACGCACUGUGCAAAUUGAUGAUGCCGAGAACAUUUUACUUUACGAGUCUCAAAAAGCUCGGAGCGAGAUGCAAUUCCAAAUGUCAGAGUCAAACGAGCCUGUUCUCCGUGUUCCGCUCCGUUGUACUAUUAGCGGACAGACGCUACGAAAGAGUAUGAAAAGCAAAGUAUUGCAUAGCGCUGAGUCCAGAUCCAAACAAGGGUCCGGCUAUCUAGGGGAAGAAGGGAGAGCUCAUCCAUGUAUUGCCAAGCUUUACGCUUCUAUUGCAACAUCCACAACAUCAUUUGAUAGUGGGGUUUGCGACACGGUGCAAUGGGCACAAAAGUAUACCCCAAAAUGUGCUGAAGAUGUGCUUCAAGCUGGCCCUGAAGCCCGGAUGUUACGUGACUGGCUUAAAAAUCUUACGGUGUCUUCAGUGGGCACCGGAGAUAUGUCCUCAGAUACGAACAAAAAGAAAUCCUCGGGAGGCCACAAGUCCAAGAAACGCAAAACCGCGGACAAGCUUGAGGGUUUCAUUGUAUCUAGUGAGGAUGAAGCUUCCGAAAUGGACGAACUUGAAGACUCGGAGGAAGACGAGCUGGCUGGUAGAGUGACUGUGUCAUCAAAGCGCACUGUCAUUCGAGUUGGUGAUUCUAUAGGGAAAUUCAAAAAAGGAGAGAAGGGGCGUUUGACAAAUGCGGUCCUGAUUAGUGGUCCUCAUGGCUGUGGCAAGUCAGCGUCGGUCUAUGCUGUAGCCAAGGAACUAGAUUUUGAGGUCUUCGAAAUCAAUAGCGGUACUCGACGCAGUGCCAAAGAUAUUUUGGAACGUGUCGGUGAUAUGACGCAAAACCAUCUUGUUCGACUGGAAGGAAAGGAAGAAGAAUCCGACACUAACAUUCAUACUACAGGCCUUGGGUCGCCCGAUGCAAGACAAAAUACCGUGAAUAUGUUCUUCAAACCGGCCGCUCAGUCUAAAGCAAAGGACAAUCGAAGCAAAUUGAAAGGAAAUGCAAAAAGAGAGAAUUCUCAGGAGACUUCGACCACGCCAUCUCGUUCACAAAAACAAUCUCUCGUACUCUUAGAAGAAGUUGAUGUUUUGUUCGAAGAGGACAAACAAUUCUGGAUUGGAAUACUGGCGCUUAUUGAACAGUCUAAACGUCCUGUGAUCAUGACAUGCAAUAAUGAGGGCCUCGUUCCUCUACAUGAACUCUCUUUGCAUGCGAUAUUCCGAUAUCGCGCACCGCCGCCAAGUCUUGCCAUUGACUAUAUGCUACUUAUUGCUGCAAAUGAAGGUCAUAUGCUGAGCCGCGAAGCUGUAAGCAGCCUCUACUCAGCUUUGCGUCAAGACCUUCGAAGGUCUAUUAUGCAAUUGGAUUUUUGGUGUCAAAUGGCCGUUGGUAGCCAAAAAUGCGGAAUUGAUUGGAUCCUCGACCGAUGGCCAAUUGGAUCUGAUAUUGACUCUCACGGUAAUAAACUCAAAGUGAUAAGUCUGCAUACAUAUCAAUGUUGUAUGGGCUGGUUCAGUCGUGACAUUGCCUUAGUCGACAAGAGCUUGGUAAAAGACUCCGAGCUGUUACUCGAAGGGUUGGAUUGGUGGCAGCUUGACAUUGACGCAGCAGAUGAAGAUGUGUGGUGGACCAAUUAUCUUUCUCAACCUCGCCAGCAUCAAAAGCGUAUUGAUCAAUUGCAGGACGUGAUGACACUGGCCGACAGUCACAGUGCCUUCGAUGUCCUUUCCCGCAAUUGGUCAUUAGAUCAGAACAAGGAUAAUCUCGACACCACUAUCCUUGACAUCUCCACGAAAGAGAAAGCCAACUUUCAGGAAGACUACCCAUUAUUAGUUGCGGAUUGCAAGUCUGACUAUACAGGUCUUUCGUCUGAUAUUGGAUCGACAGCAUACGCGUUGAUGCGGCGUAUAACACUGGGCGAAAACUCACAAGACGACUCUUUGACUACUGAUCGUGUCUUGGCAAGGCAGUCCGAGUCGAAAUCUACACCCUUCUUGUCCACGACCUACUACGAUGCCUUUGAACCCAUGAUGCGAGCACCCGAUUUGGUUCCACAAGCCACUGGCCGUAUAGCUCCUUCAUUCGAAAACGGUGUCUCUGCGAUAGCUGAAGACAUAGCCCCGUACAUCCGGUCUAUAACGGCAUAUGACCUGCGCCUUGAGCGCUAUAGAGCCGAAUUGAGUGGGCUUACGUCGUCAGGGUCAACGAAAAGAAAAGCGAGAACCACUAGAGCUAGUCGAGCCGCGCUCGAGGGAGGGAGUAAAUCUCAUACUCGCAGAGAGAGAUGGUUUCCAGUCGAUGCGAACCCUAAACGGAUCCUCGCCACUGGUUCCAAGAGUUGGGAGGACGCACUUGCUCAAACAGGUAAUCUUAUCGUCUUUCCAGCUCUGUCGCGAACCAGGGAGAACACUCUUACGGAAUCGGAUGACUCUCAGAGCACGGAUGCUGAGGGUGAGAACACACCAGGGCAACUACUAACAGAAUGAGAGACUAAUGGCAGGGGAGCGA